CUCUCAUGCAUUUUCUGUAGUAGGCACUUUUUCACAGCAUUCUCUUCAUAAUCUUGACACGUUUCUUGGAACCCAGCAGUAGGACCCAGUCCCUUCAUGUAUAUAUAGCCACAUCCCUCUUCCCUUCUCCGUCCAAGUAUCCAUUUUCAGAAUUCCCUAUAACAAACAAACCACACAAAGCUUGCACUAAGAGAGUUAUAUACAUAUAUAUAUAUAUAUCUUUCAACCUCAUUAACAAUAUUUGUUUUGAAGUUCCUUUUUUUAUUCCAAUAAGAUAUGUGCAACCCAAAACCAUCUUCUCAAACCUCAUUCCUUUGUCCCAACAAAACCUGUUUCGCUAAAUUCAACAACCCUAUGGAUCUUCUUUCUGAUGAUGAAGAGGAACUACAUAGAUUGCCAACUCCUUCUGAGGUCUUAGAAGAAAUCAAAGCUUUAGGGAAGAUUUCAGGUCCUACAGCAAUUACAGGUGUCAUUCUUUAUUCCAGAGCUAUGAUCUCCAUGCUUUUUCUUGGUUAUCUUGGGGAACUUGAGCUUGCCGGUGGCUCCCUUUCCAUUGGCUUUGCUAAUAUCACCGGAUACUCUGUUAUUUCUGGACUGGCUAUGGGAAUGGAGCCCAUUUGUGGACAAGCUUAUGGUGCGAAGCAAUGGAAGCUUCUCGGCUUAACUCUUCAAAGAACCGUGCUUCUCCUCCUCUCCACCUCUAUCCCCAUCUCUUUCAUGUGGCUGAACAUGAAGAGAAUCCUUUUAUGGUGUGGUCAAGACCAAGAAAUAUCUUCAAUGGCUCAAACUUUUAUUCUUUUUUCCAUCCCUGACCUCUUCUUCCUUUCUCUUCUCCACCCACUUCGCAUCUACCUUAGGACUCAGGGCAUCACAUUACCAUUAACUUACUGUUCAGCCAUCUCUGUUCUCCUCCAUAUCCCUCUAAAUUUCCUCCUUGUUGUCCAUUUCAAGUUGGGUAUUGCAGGAGUAGCCAUAGCUAUGGUUUGGACUAAUCUCAACGUCUUUCUCCUUCUCUUUUCGUUUGUCUACUUCUCCGGUGUAUAUAAAGAUUCUUGGGUUUCUCCGAGCAUGGAUUGCCUCCGAGGAUGGUCAUCUUUGCUCUCUCUUGCAGUACCAACUUGUGUUUCAGUUUGCCUUGAAUGGUGGUGGUAUGAAUUUAUGAUAAUGUUAUGUGGUCUUCUUGCUAACCCAAAAGCCACAAUAGCUUCAAUGGGAAUCCUUAUUCAGACAACCUCUUUAGUCUACGUUUUCCCAUCAUCUCUAAGCCUUGGAGUCUCAACCAGAGUUGGGAACGAGUUAGGGGCUAACCGGCCGGCGAAAGCUCGCAUUUCCAUGAUUGUUUCUCUUGUAUGUGCACUUGCUUUAGGCCUGCUGGCGAUGCUAUUCACAACAUUGAUGAGACAUCAAUGGGGAAGAUUUUUCACAAGCGAUUCAGAGAUUCUCGAGCUUACUGCAGUAGCAUUGCCAAUUGCUGGGCUGUGUGAGCUUGGAAAUUGCCCACAAACAACUGGUUGUGGAGUUCUAAGAGGAAGUGCUAGGCCUACCAUUGGAGCCAACAUCAACUUAGGUUCGUUUUACUUGGUUGGUAUGCCAGUAGCCAUCUUGAUGGGAUUCGUAGCUAAAAUGGGAUUUUCAGGGCUAUGGCUUGGGUUACUUGCAGCUCAAGGCUCAUGUGCCAUCCUCAUGCUAUAUGUUCUAUGCAGAACAGAUUGGAUUGUUGAAGCAGAAAGAGCAAGAGAGCUCACAUCAUCAUCAUCAUCAUCAUCAUCAAAACCAGAAGCUAUAACUAAUAACAAAAAGGCUAAUCUUGAAGAGAUAUUGUGUAUUAAUGAUGAGCCUGUGAAGUCAACUUCACUUGAAACAGAUCCUCUCAUAUCCACAGCAUCAACUGUGCAUUGAUUAGCUUCCACUUCCCCACUAUUUUUGCCCCCACUGUUGAGGAGCUGAUGUGAAUUUUAUUUAUUAAGAGUUCCUAUUCUACUUGUACUGUAGAUCAGAAUUUUCUUUUUCUUUUAAAUUUCCUCUUCUCCUUGUUGUAUUAAUAACAUAGUAGAAAGGAGUAGACAUACUUAACAUUA